GUGUGCAUGUGUGCACGCGCGGGCGGGCGUGUGGUCGGCUGGCGGCGGCGGCAGCCGGCAAGCAGCCGGGAAUGCGAGAGGUCUCGGAAACUCGGGAAUCGGAGGCGGCCCGUGGCAGGAUUGCAUAAGGCCCCCUCUUCCCGGACCCGGCCACACGACUGCGGCCCCCCACCCACUCCCUACCCCACUCUCUCAGCUCCCUCCCCGCUCUCUCUCGCUGCUCCCCUCCCCGGACCCGGUGGGAAUUAAAUGGCUGAGAAACAAAUCAGUUUGCCAGCCAAGCUGAUCAAUGGAGGGAUAGCCGGCCUCAUCGGGGUCACCUGCGUGUUCCCCAUCGACCUGGCCAAGACGCGCCUGCAGAACCAGCAGAAUGGGCAACGCAUGUACACGAGCAUGUCCGACUGCCUCAUCAAGACCAUCCGCUCCGAGGGCUACUUCGGCAUGUACCGAGGGGCCGCGGUGAACCUGACGCUUGUCACGCCGGAGAAAGCCAUCAAGCUCGCCGCCAAUGACUUCUUCCGACACCACCUGGCCAAGGAUGGGAAGAAGCUGACGCUGCUGAAGGAGAUGUUGGCAGGUUGCGGCGCGGGCACCUGCCAGGUCAUCGUCACGACCCCCAUGGAGAUGCUGAAGAUCCAGCUGCAGGACGCCGGACGCAUCGCGGCCCAGAAGAAGCUUCUGGCGGCCCAAGCUCCGGCGUCGGCGGCGGUGGUGGAGGAGACGAGGCCCACGGCCACGCAGCUGACCCGGGAGCUGCUCCGGAGCCGGGGCGUCGCGGGGCUCUACAAGGGGCUGGGGGCCACGCUGCUGAGGGACGUGCCCUUCUCCAUCGUUUAUUUCCCCCUGUUUGCCAACUUGAACCAACUGGGCCAGUCCGGCCCCGAUGGCAAAUCCCCCUUCUACGUGUCCUUCCUGUCGGGCUGCGUGGCCGGAAGCGCAGCCGCUGUGGCCGUGAACCCCUGCGAUGUGGUGAAGACACGCUUACAGUCUCUGCAGAGAGGUGUGAACGAAGACACGUACUCGGGCGUCUUGGACUGUGCCAGGAAGAUCCUUCGGAACGAGGGUCCCUCGGCCUUCCUGAAAGGGGCCUACUGCCGGGCCCUGGUCAUCGCCCCGCUCUUUGGCAUCGCUCAAGUGGUCUACUUCAUCGGCAUCGCCGAGUACCUCCUGGACGCCCUCCAGUCCCGCCGGGACUAGCCCCUCCCUCCCCCCUCCCCCCACCCCCCUCAAACUGCUCCCACCCCCUCCCGGGGCAAGGGCCGAGCCCAGGGCAGGGAAGCGGGGCAGGGAAAGGCGCGUGAUUCGUCUCUCCCGGGGGUCGCCGCCCGUCUCUGCUGCCCCUUCCUGCAUCCGUGUUCCGUUCAUGACUCGUCCGGGCCGGGCUGAGGUCGGGGAGGGGCAUGAGACCCUCUGGGGGAAAGGAGCUGGAGACGGAGACCACCCCCCCUUACCAUCUGCCACCCCCUUUCCGCCACAGACGCCCCCCACCCCUGUGCUGGCUCAGAGGACUAUCAGGGAGAAGAGGAAGUGGGUCUCCGGGGGUCUAGUUCUGGGGCCAACGAGGACGGGAGAGGGGACCUCGGAGAGGAGCCGUGACAAACUCCCUCUCCACCCUGCCUCCUUGUGUGCCCCCUCCCCGGACCCCCCAAAAGCCAACAGAGUAACUGGGAUCAACUUUUUACGUCAAAUACUAAAACCCUUACAUUCCUGGACAGUUGGGGUCUUAGGAAGGGCCCGCCGGCCCUAUCCCUGACCUCGCCUCGGACACUGGGCCCCGGAGGGGGCCGGGGGGGAGACGGCGUCCCCUCUCCGCCCGGCCUGGGGGAGUGGGGGAGACGGUGCUGGAGGCUCCCCCUCCUCCCGGCUAGGGUGGGCGAGUCGACCGUCCCCUCUGCCCGGCUGGCGAGGACCUAUUUAUUAAACCGUGACCUGACCCUUGACCCGUGACGUGUGCGCGGCCCCCGGGGCUGGGACCCAAGGGGGGGGGGGGGGGGGGGCAUGGAAGCGAUGGUCUCUGUCACCCCUGCCCCCUCGUCCCCACCUCUCUGAUGGGCUACACUGUCUCUAGAAGAGGGCUCCCGGCCCGGCCCCUCCGCCAGCCCAAAGAGCGACUCCGUCCAUGCCCCCUCCCCACUCUUCCCCCUAGAAAAGGCACCGAGGAAGGACCGGUGGAGAGGCCGCACCAGGAGCGGAAUUCCAGGUGCCGCGUGUGCGUGGAAGGGGGACUGAGGACUUCCGGGGGGUGACUGACCCCCUUUUUUGGGACCCCUGCUGCCCUAAGCAGAGUGUGGGGGUGGGACCCGGCCUAGAUCUCCUCAGGAAUGGCGGGUAGGGCCCGGGGGCCGUGGCAGCCGGCCAGCCUUUCGCUGGAACCAUCCGGGAGCCCUGACAGAGGACUCCCCAGUGGCAUCCGUGGACCACUGCUAGUCAGGCCCCGUGACCUACCGGGGAGAGAAGUGGCAACCCCAUUCUUGAGGUGCGGGGGACCCUUGACGCAACUGACCUCUUUGAGGCAAUCGGCGGGGAGCUGAAAAGGGACGGGGUAUCUGGGGGACCUCUCCGAAAAGAGGGGCCGGCAAAGGUGGGGUCGCAGGAUUUAGUAACGGUACCGCAUCCACCGAUCGAUCUAAUUUUUGGAAUGCUUAUUGGGUGCGGAGCACCGUACUGAACGCUUGGGAGAGUGCAACGGAACGUAGACACGUUCCCUGCCUACAAGGAGCUUCCGGUCUAGUGCUGGGGUGAGCUUAAGGUAAGCAGAUUCAUCUGGGGAGACGGGAGCGUGUAGGUCCUCUGUCUUGGACUGCCCUUCCCCCAGCAGAGGAAAGCGGGGAGGCCUUGGACGCUGGGUGUUGCCGUGCCUGUGAUUCCGGUGGCGGUGGACUUAAGGUUGGAGUGUGGUGGUCUCCUGGGCAUGUGGUAGUGGUGUUGUGGCUGUUGUGUGGUGGAGUGGUUUUGUGUGUGUGUGUGUGUGUGGUGGUCUUCUGGCGGUGUCGUGGCCGGGGUGGUCCCGUAGCUGUAGUGUGGUGACGGUUGUGUGGUCGGGUAUGUGGUCUCGCGAUCGUGUGUCCGCUUGGUACAUCUUGUGGGUGUGUGGUGGUGUCUUCCGGUUGUGCGUGCGUGGUGGUGAUCUCGUGUAUGCAUGGGGGUCUUCUGGGGGGGGGGGUUGGGCAGCUCGUGGCUGUGUGGUGAGGGUCAGGCCGGGGAGUCCGAGGACAGGAAAGCGUGGGUGGGUGGGUGACAGAUUUCUUCCUGAAUCAAGAUGUCGUGGGAAGGCGUGGACGUUGUUUUGGGGAGAGGGUCUUAGAGAGGGACGGCCCCUCCAGGCGGGGUCCGAGGGGAAGAUCAAGGCCUCCUUCCCAAGGAGUCUCCCCUAAAAUAGGAAGUCUGGGUCCCCAACUUCUCCAUUCGCCUCGGCCUCUUCUCCACCAGCCCCGCCUCUGUCUCCUUCCACGCCGGCGGGACUUUCAGGGACCUGGGACGGACGUUCCCCCCUCCCCCCGCCACUCCCUUUCCGUGGCCCCCACACCAACUGACCCCAUAAUAAUAAUAAUAAUAAUAUAAUAAUCGUGGUAUUCGUUAAGCGCUUACUAGGUGCCCGGCACCAUCGUAGUGCUGACUUAGGACCGGUGGGCCACAGUCCAGAUCCCCUAUGGGACUCCCAGGUGGAAGGGGAAGGAGAGCGGGCAUCGAAUCCCCAUUCUGCAGAUCGGGCCCGGAGAAGUGAAGUGACUUCCCCGAGGUCACUUCAGCAGGCCAGUGGCCGACCGUUCGGCUGCAGGGUGGAGUGGGAACGUUUGGUGUGUCUCGUUUCUUCCCAACCACCCCGGCCCCUCGGCUCAGAUGGGCGCAUCGUCGCGGGCGGUGGGGGUGGUCUGGGUGCCCGCCUUCUUGCCCGGUCCUCGUCGGUGGGCACCCCGAGUGGUCCAGAUUCCUCGCCCCGACUCCUGUGCCCACCCUGUGACAAAUCUUUCAGCGUUAAGUAGUCCCCGCUGUGCUUGGUGAUUAACCCAAUCUGGUCAUGAUUUGUCUCCCCCAGAUUUCCGCCAUCCCACCUCCCCUCCCUGGUCUUGCUGGUGCUGUUCCUUAAACAGGGUUCCUGGUAGUAGGGAGGGGGUCACCCUGACGCUACUGGGGGGAUUUUAACUUGCCCCCCCCCCGACCCCUUGGGUCACACCAGCACCCCCUCUCCAUCAUCCUGCCCCUCACCCUUCCAAAAUCUGACUGUAAAAUCCUGGAUGAACCUGUACUUUGGGAAACUGCUGCUUAAGAAAUAUUAUAUUUUUUUUUCUUUUGAAGAGUUUUAAAAGAAAAGUUGUAAUUUUUUCGUGUAUUGUCUUGUAAGAGAAAUAAAUAUUCUAAAUAGAAAGUGUGUAUUGUCUGUUAAGAGAAAUAAAUACUCUAAAUAGAA